AUGGCUGACCCGCUGCCUGUGUGGCUGCCUAGGGAAGAUGUUGCCCACACUCAGCAGCCGCCCUUGUUCCUGGGUGCGCAGGACGACGACGACGACAAUGAUCUUAUUCGACGAGUCACAGGCGCGCCGGUCAACAAGAACGACUUUGUCACCAGGACUCCCAAGGAGCCCUUCCGUCUAAGUUUCAUGGAUGUUCUCUGUCUCGUCGUGAACCGAACGAUCGGCAUCUUCAGCGGACCACAAGAGGUGAUGAAGGGCGUAAAGAGUCCCGGCCUGGCCAUGCUCAUGUGGGUUCUCGGAUGCAUCCAUAGCAUCUCGGGAGCCCACGUCUUCAUCGAGUACGGUCUCAACGUCCCACGCUACGUGAUUGACGGCGUGGAGCAGUCCGUCCCGCGUUCCGGAGGCGAGCUGCACUACUUGUCAUAUGUCUUCCCCAGCCCGAGUUACGGCCAAGGCACUGUCCUGCUGAGCGGUGUCAUGUUUGGCAUCAGCUUCUUAUGCGUGGGCAACAUGGCGAGCAACUGCCUCGACUGUGCCCUGCGCAUCAUGCAGGCCGGCCAACCGCGCAAGACGGAGCUGGAAUUGAACAAGGGGGCUAUUUAUGGAAUCGCCAUUGUCAUUGCCACCUUGACCUGCUUCAUACACGCCUUUUCCCGGCGGGGUGGGAUCCUGCUGAACAACUUUCUCGCCUUUGUCAAAGUCUGCUUUCUGCUCGCGAUUAUCCUUUCCACGUGGAUCAAAGCUGGUGGUUCCUCAGGGAUAUGGGCGUUUCGGAACGAUUUCGACACCUACGUCGACGUCGACGCGCAGGUCAGCACGGAUCAAAGCGGCUAUACACAAGCAUUCUACACGGUUGUCUUCGCAUACUUUGGCUUCUACCAGCCCACAUAUGUCCUUGGCGAGAUCAAGAAUCCACGCAAGAACCUUCCCAGAUCCAUAUGGUGGGGCUUGGGCAUCGUGUCGACCCUCUACUUGGCUGUUAAUGUCUGCUACAUGAUCGUGGUGCCCCCACGGGCGCAGAUGAAUAACAACGUAGCCCAAGCCUUCUUUGCGAGAAUCUUCGACGACAGCAUUGCGGCCAAGAGAACCGUCAGUAUCCUCCUUGCCAUCUCGUCUUUUGGCAACAUUGUCGUCUGGACGUUCACCGCCGCACGCAUGAAGCAGGAGAUUGCCAAGAAGUGCUUCAUCCCAUUCGCCAGCUUCUUUGCCAAAAACAAGGACUUGAGCCUCGGUCGACUUCUGCUCUGGCUCGAGGGCAACAAGCGCGAUAAACAGGGGAGGAAUCGGAGGUUUGGGUUCCUCGAACCGGCGAAUCACCAAGAGAAAACACCCGUGGGGGCUCUGUGUCUGCACCUCGUGACCUGCGUCAUCCUGAUCUUGGCAACCUUUGGCAUGACGCCGAGCAAUGCCUAUGUCUUGCUAAGCAGGCUGUUGUGCUAUGUUCUCGCUGCGUUCUGCGGCGUCUUUCUUGCCCUCGGCAUUCUCCUCUUGCGCUUCAGGGGUCCGCCACAAACAAACCUGGGCAGUCCAGAGGGUCCUGGCCAGCCAUCGGCCACAAAGACCUGGGCUGACAUGACCAGCGGGACAGUCAAUCCAAGGUUAAGCAUUGUAUGCGCUUUUCUCUACCUCGUGGGGAAUUUGUCCCUCAUCAUCAUGCCUUGGGUCAAGCCUCGCUCGCCCGCCGCCGCCGCAGCGAAGCCAGCCGCGUGGUAUGUCGUGCCGACAGUAUCCCUAAGCAUCAUUACAUUCGCCUCCCUGUGGUUCGUGGGCUUCUGUGCCAUCACAGAGUAUACGAGCUAUUCGGGCCGGAAGAGAUUUGUGUACGCGGCGCUCCCCGAAUUCGACUGGGCACACCGGAGCCAGCCUGAGCUGGGGCGGAUCUUGAAACACGAGACCAUCACGAGACGAUGGGAAGCCACAGAGACGCAUGAGCUGCAAGCGCCCAUAACGUCUGCUGAAAAGGGACCGCUACAGGCUGUCUCGAAUAUGGAGAUGGGGCACACCGAGGGCCUGACCGUGGCACGGGACUUUGCCGACCGCAUCCACGGCAAGACCGUCCUCGUCACGGGCGCCAACCUCGAGGGCAUUGGCUUCUCGACAGCGCAGGCCUUUGCCUCUGGCUCGCCAGCCCAGCUGAUCCUGUGCGGCCGCAAUCCGAGCAAGGUGCGAGCUGCCAUCGACGCCCUCCAGGCACAGUACCCCCACGACGACUACCGCUCUCUCCAGGUCGGCCUCGGCCGCCAAGGCGCUCCUCGCCUGGGACGACGUCCCCGCCGUCCAAAUUGUCGUCAACAGCGCCGGCAUCAUUCCAGCCCCAGGGGCGACGUGCGCAUCGUCAACGUCAGCUCACGGUCGCCGACGAGUUCCGGUCCUCGCUUCAGCGAUAUUAACUUCGAGGUCAAGAAUGGCGAUCUUCCCGAGGCGGAGAAGCCGGACGAGGCCAUGUUUCGCUUCUGGGGGUACGAGAACAUCAUGGACCACGCCAAACUGCCGCUGGACGGCUACAGCCGCAGCAUGGUCGCAAACGUGCUCUUCAGCGUCGGUGCCACCGACAGGCUGUACGAAAAGUACGGCAUCCUGUCGACGUCCGGGAAUCCGGGCAUCAUUGACACCGACCUGCCGUGCAUCUUUCCAGCGUCUGAGAAGAGGGCGAUGGAGGCCGCCUUCGCGUCAGGCAAGACGAAGAAGAGGACGCUUUCCAUGGGCGCGUCCACCAGCCUGGUAGCCGCGCUGGAUCCGAAACUAAAGGUCGAGAGCAAGCCUGGCCAGGAGAACUAUGGAGUGUUUCUCGAGGACUGCCAAAUCAGCGACAAGGCCCGACCGCCGGCGGUGUCGAGCCAGAAUGCUGAUAUCCUGUGGUCGCUGCCCGAGAAGCUGGUGGGACAGACGUUCUCUUGGUGA